AUGGUGAAGAAGGUGGCUGUGAUUGGAGCUGGGGUCAGCGGGCUGAUUUCUCUGAAAUGCUGCCUGGAUGAGGGACUUGAUCCCACUUGCUUUGAGCUGACAGAAGACAUUGGGGGACUCUGGAGGUUCAAGGAAAAAGUCCAGGAUGGCCUGGCCAGCAUCUACCAAUCUGUCAUCACCAACACCAGCAAAGAAAUGUCCUGUUUUAGUGACUUCCCAAUGCCCGAAGACUUUCCAAACUUCCUGCACAAUUCAAAAGUCCUGGAAUAUUUUAGGAUUUUUGCCAAAAAGUUUGAUCUUCUCAAAUAUAUUCAAUUCCAGACAACUGUCCUCAGUGUGAAAAGGCGUUCGAAUUUCUCGUCCUCCGGCCAAUGGGAGGUGGUCACCGAGUGCAAAGGCCAGGAGCAAAGGGACAUCUUUGAUGCUGUGAUGGUGUGCAGUGGCCACCACAUCCUGCCUCACAUCCAGCUUGAGUCAUUCCCAGGCAUCGAGAAGUUCAAAGGCCAGUAUUUCCACAGUCGGCAGUACAAGUUCCCAGAAGGGUUCGAGGGGAAACGCAUCCUGGUGGUUGGUAUAGGGAAUUCAGCCUCAGAUAUUGCUGUGGAGCUGAGUAAGAAGGCAUCUCAGGUGUUCAUCAGUACCAGACAUGGCUCCUGGGUCAUGAGUCGCAUCUCUGAGAAUGGCUACCCCUGGGAUUUGAUAUUUCACACCCGCUUUAGCACCAUGAUCCGAAACAUCCUGCCCAGGUCGAUGCUGAAAUGGAUGAUGGAACAGCAGGUGAACCGCUGGUUCAGCCAUGAGAAUUAUGGUCUGGAGCCCUACAACAAAUACCUACUGAAAGAGCCUAUUCUGAAUGAUGAUCUCCCCAGCCGUCUGCUCUAUGGGGCCAUCCAGGUGAAACCCAGAGUUAAGGAAUUCACAGAAACGUCGGUAAUCUUUGAGGACGGGACGGUGGAGGAACACAUUGAUGUCAUCGUGUUUGCCACAGGAUAUACUUUCUCCUUCCCCUUCCUUGAAGAAUCGCUUUUUCAAGUGGGGAAGAAUCACAUGAUCUCACUGUAUAGAUACAUAUUUCCUCCUCAACUGGAGAAGCCAACUCUUGCCUUCAUCGGUCUCAUCCAGCCCCUUGGUCCCAUUUUCCCAACAGCAGAGCUUCAAGCUCGCUGGGUCACCAGGGUGUUCAAAGGCUUGUGCGCUCUGCCCUCAGAGAGUGCCAUGAUGGCAGACAUCAUCAAGAGGAAUGAAAGAAGAAUUGAUUUGUUUGGAGACAGUCCAAGUCAGAUCCUGCAGACCAAUUACAUUGACUACUUGGAUGAGCUGGCCGGGGAGAUUGGAGCCAAGCCUGACAUCCUAGGGCUCCUGUGCACAGACCCGAAGCUGGCGCUGAAGCUCUACUUUGGGCCCUGCAACUCCUAUCAGUAUCGCCUGGCAGGGCCCGGCCAAUGGGCCCACGCCCGAGAGGCCAUUCUCACCCAGCAGCAGAGGAUCUUGAAGCCACUGAAGACCCGCUCCUUGGAGCCCGGAGCCCGAGAUCACCUCUCCCUCCUGCUCAAGGCGCUGACACUGCUGGCCAUUGGGCUGGCUGUGUGCUUCCAACUUGAGUGGUUCUGAUCAGUGGGCAGCCAGCUCGCAGUGCGGGGAUCUCUCAAAGGAGAGACAGACAGACAGACAGAAAUACAGAAA